CCCCGCCGGUGGCUGUGUCAGGCGCUCCCCUGAGCCAGGGCGGAGGCCGGCUCGGUCCCCGACGUCUGCUUUUGCAGGUUUUGCAGGUACCGGGAAAGAAGGGCGGGACCGGAGUUCAGCUCUGUCGGCCUGUCCUGUACCUGACACCGCCUGAAGCUGGCCCUGCGCUGGCCCGGCCGUUGGCAGCAGGACGCCCUGCAGGCGGGGCUUGUCCGCCCGUCCUCUGGCCGCUCUGCAGCCCUCGCGCUCCUGUCCCAGCACAGCACCUGCCCUUUUGCGCAGGCCAGUAACCCGUUACCCUAAGUCCAGGCCACCAUCCGUGCGUCCUAAAAUGGCCUUCCCGGCCCUGCCUUGCCUCUGGGAUCUUCUUAGAACGCAAAAUUACGUCACCCUUGCUGGAAACGCAGCAUUUCCCACCGCAGUUAAACACUUGCCGAUCCCCUGUCCUUCCAAGUCCCCCCAAAUUCACCUGUCGCCGCGUGUUAAUAGCAUGCAGGUCCGUUCCGGUGAGAUGUCCCUCCCAAGAAAAGCUCUUCCUGGCCCCCUGGCUACCUAAGACCGUAUCCUCCUUUUUAUCUCUGGGAUAGCGCUGCUCUCCUUUCUCAUACUUAAUCAGGAUGCCUAAAUGGUCUUGAGUAAGGGACAGACGGGGCUAGGUGUAGGCGGCGGGCCGCGGGAUCCGGCUCACAGAAAUCCCCUAAAGGCCGGGGGGUGUUAACAACCACCACAACCCAGAGGUAAGGAAACAAACCAGACCACCCUGCCCCAAGUGUCUUUUAUAUGACCGCCACCUGUGACCAACAAAACCAGGCCCCAAAAAGAAGCCAUUAAAGAUGUUACCACCAGUCCUUGCUCAAGCCAAGACGUCACUAAAAUGAUAAGGCCACAACUCCCUGGUCAGCUCUGAAUAAAAGACCGUCGGUGGGGGCCCAGGUUGGCGACCCUGCGGGGACCCCUCUCACUCCUGAGAGCGUUUCUCCGUCUCCUUGCUUAAUCAACUUCUGUUGCUUUACUCACUCUCCUCUGUCCGGGAGAUUCGUUCUCCGACUCGGAGACAGGAGCCUAGCUCUCCGGCCUCAGGAUGUUUGUGGUCUAUGCCCUCUACUAGAAGAGAAGUUAGGCCAUCGCCGCUGUCUGACCUUCACUGUGGAACACUUAGGACACAGCAAAGUGCGUGGCACAUAAAAAUCAGCAACGUCUUAUUUUUCGUUUUACCGCCCAUCUGCAUGUGCUUGUUUCGCCAGUAUGCAACAUGCUUCAACAGUGGCAUCUACCUAAUAUGGACUCUCUUAGUUGUAGUGGGAAUUGGAUCCGUCUACUUCCAUGCAACCCUAAGUUUCUUGGGUCAGAUGCUUGAUGAACUUGCAAUCCUUUGGGUUCUGAUGUGUGCCCUGGCCAUGUGGUUCCCCAGAAGGUAUCUACCAAAGGUCUUUCGGAAUGACAGGGGCAGGUUCAAGGUGGUGGUCUGCGUCCUUUCUGCAGUUACAACAUGCCUGGCGUUUGUCAAGCCUGCCAUCAACAACAUCUCUCUGAUGACCCUGGGGGUUCCAUGCACUGUGCUGCUCAUUGCAGAGCUAAGGAGGUGCGACAAUGUGCGUGUCUUUAAACUGGGCCUCUUCUCUGGCCUCUGGUGGACCCUCGCGCUCUUCUGCUGGAUCAGUGACCGAGCCUUCUGUGAGCUGCUGUCCUCCUUCCACUUUCCCUACCUGCAUUGCGUGUGGCACAUCCUCAUCUGCCUUGCUGCCUACCUGGGCUGCGUAUGCUUUGCCUACUUUGAUGCUGCUUCCGAGAUCCCCGAGCAGGGCCCCGUCAUCAAGUUCUGGCCCAGCGAGAAAUGGGCCUUCAUCGGGGUCCCCUACGUGUCCCUCCUGUGUGCCAGCAAGAAGUCACCGGUCAAGAUCACAUGAUGGGGAGGCUGGCUUCUCUGCUUGCUUUUCCCUCCUGCAUUGGGCUUGCCAUUGAAGACAGCAGGGGGCUUGUAGAGCUAGGGGGAGGGCCUGUCUUUUUGGUAUUCUGUUCCCUUGGGCUCUAACUAGUGUGCCCAUGGCCCACCAGGACUCCACUGUGCAGGGGGAAGGGUGUCUUCCCCUUUCCCGAAAUUGGAAAGUGGAGGGCUCAGGGGCACCAGGUAGAUCUCCUCAGCGUCCCUUCCAGAUGCAGGGACCUGUUGCGGCAGAGGCAGAGCAGUCCCUCAGUGGGGGUGGGGUGGGGGUGGGGCUCAUUUCCCAGCGGGGGUUUACUUGAGACUCUGUGGCCCCCUGUACUCUCGGAGGAGACUCCUGCUCACAGACAUACCCUGCAACAGGCAAGACCCACUGACCGAUGGAACAUGCCAGGGAUUUUCAUUUGGGGAAAUGGCCCUAGAAUAAAACCAAGCCAAUGAAACCCACGAGGCCACUCGUCCACCUGGAACUCACAGUAACCAAGUUUAUGUGCGCUUGCGAAUCCUUUACUACCUCUGCUGAGAGCCGGGGACCUCAGAGGAGGGUGAAGUGGACAAAAAGACCCUCUGUGCCAAGAGCUACACUUCACAUUGAGCCAUUCUCGAAGAUGAGCACAAUUUUCAAAUUGACAUUGUUGACAUUGUUGGCUGUCUGGCCCAGUCACCUCAGACACACGGAGAACAGGUGUGGGGUGAUCUGGCUGCACACAGACCCCUGCCCCUUACUGCUGAGCUUUGAAGGUCAAGGCCUCCUGUUUGGUCAAGGGAGCUGGGGGCAUGAAUCCUGGUUCAACAUCUGGAGCAAACUUGAAGUUCUGGAAGCUUACGCUGAUCGGAAGCCUUCUGUAUGCUCUUCCAUGCUGGAAGUUAUCCUCUAAAACCUAGCCUCUUUUUCGUCCCCUAUUUCCUGAGGGAAUAGGUGCUUCCUGUGGCUUCCUCGAGCAUCUGACAGCUGCUUCUCCAGUCCUGCAGUGACUAGUCGCUGGCUCCCCAGGUUGCUGCUGCAGUGGGCAAGUCUGAGUUUUUCCUCAGCAGAAGUGACACUGGCUACGGCUAACCUCUUCACUGAGCUGAAUGAAGAUUCCAGAAUUGUCAGCAAGGCGUGAGGGGGUAGGCAUGACCUCAGGGAUACUCACUGGAACUCCCACAUCUCCUGCUUUGCAACAUUGCAUGGUAAAGGAAGGCAGGACACGCGUGUCCUGGUGAGGACAGGAGUCCGUAGCUAAGGAUCUGAGAGCUGGACAGUACCAGUCUUUGGCAUGUCUAGGAACUCUUGCUCUAAUCAGAAUUUGUACAGGAUCCUAGGUGAAGAGCCCAACAAGGAACAAUGAAUUGAGAGUUUAAAAAAGGAAAGGCUUUAUUCUACUUUUGUGUUUUCAAGUUAUUUGUAGCAGAACCCUAUUUAAAGUAAGAAAUCUUGAUGGAACCCAAACCUGAGAACUAUGUUGUGAUCUAUUUGUUUAAAUUUAUUUUAAGGUUGAACUUAUAUAUUUCCCUAAUAUCAUGCAGUGAAAAUGCAAGUUAAAUUGGUUUCCGUGGUAAAAAAUUUGGUAUUGAAUGAGCGUACCCGUUUAUUAUGGUUUAAAAAUGUGCUUUGAAAAAUAGUAUUUAUGUAUUUGUGGGACCUUCAAAUGCACCUCGGAUACCUAGGUGGUUCUGUGGUUCAUGGAACCACCUAGAGUUUUAGAACUACUGUUAAGUCCUUUGGUUUCAAGUCUAGAAUUUUUUUAAAGGGAAGUAUCAGUCCUCGCUUCAGAUGGACUUACUAGGCAUGGAUUCUGGGCUCAUCCAUUCCUGCAAUAUACAAAUGCUCCAAAGUAGGGGGAAGCUUUGAUGUACUUUAAGCCCAGCUGUCUUAGUGUGGAAGCAUAGAUGAGGAGAGGCAGGGGGUGUGGGAAGUGUUUGCAUUCUCUAUGAGGUUUAAUUUCUGUUUAGGGCUCCUCAGUGAUGGGAGCAUUAUUCCAGCAAUCAAGAAGGGAGGAAGUCUUCUUAUCAGGGAGGGAGGGUGGGUCACUGGGGAAUAUCACCUCCAGCUUCAACACUUUGACCUUGCUCUUCUGGAAGUUUCCAAGUGUCCUUUGGAAACAGGGAUAAAAUGUGACUGCUGGAAAUAAGUGGCCCAACUCACAGGGCUGUUUCCAUCCAUCUUCUACAAGACAAAGGACUUAACAUGUCCGAAAGGAGGUUUUUCCUGUAAAAAACAAAAACCCAAAAACACCCCCCCCCCCCCACCAAAAAACAGAAGGCCUUUCUAGAGAUUGGUUUUAAUGAGUUAAGGACUGAUAAAGAAGUAUGGAAUGGGGUAGAUUUGAGAACAAAAACAUUACUGUUGAACAAAAAUCACUAUAGCUCUUAGCAUGAAGAUGGUGAAUCAAGAAAGGAGUUGAACAGUUUAAGAUUUUAUUUAUUCAUGAGAGACACACACAGAGAGUGAGAGAGAGAGAGAGAGAGAGAGAGAGAGAGGGAGGCAGAGACACAGGCAGAGGGAGAAGCAGGCUCCAUGCCAGGAGCCCGACGUAGGACUCGAUCCUGGGACUCCAGGAUCAGGCCCCAGGCCGAAGGGAGGCUCUAAACAGCUGAGCCACCAAGGGAUCCCAAAGUUGAACAGUUCUAUUUAAAGUUAAACUUACAGCAUCAUUCAUAUUUAUACUUAUGAUGCUUUGAUAGUACUACACAGUCUUGAAAGAAAUUUGGAAAACUAUAGGAAAGUUGAAGAGAAAAAAAUCUGUAUUUUCCAAGGACAAUCAUUGUUAAUAUUUUGGUAUUUUGGUGUAUUCCUCCCCCGACCUGCCUCGAGUUGUAAAUAGAUGCCUUUUAGAGUGGACAGUUCAUCCGGUAACUUGAAUGGAAUGUAAAUACCAGUUGUGUAUAUUUCAUGAGGAGCAGCUUUUGGAAUGCACUCGUGUUAGCUAUACCCUGGAGAGCUCAUCACUGGAUUCUGACUUACUGCUGAGUCUUCUUUUAAAUUGAGCCUGACAUGAAUAGGUCCUAAGAAAUAAUGAACUGAAUUCUCCUUUUGAUAGGCCUCUGCUCUUGGAUUCGUGAGCUGUUAAAAAUAGGGCUCUACAGUUUUUUUUCCCCCCAAAUGUAAAAAAAAAAAAAAAAAAAAAAAAAAGUGAAUAGCUUAUUAAUUGAUGUGCAAUCAGGAAUCUUUUUGUUUUUUUCCCCUAAUCAUACAGGGAAGUGGAGAUUUGACAUUUGGGAGUUAGGUCAUGGCAGUUACUCAUCAUGGCUGUCAGAUUUUUGUUCUCCUUAGAAUUUGCCAAGAUCGAUUACCAGCAGGAAUUGGAUCUAGGAUAUUAAACAUUACUAUCCUAGUUAUCAAGCAAUCAUUUAAGUCAGUGAUUCUUAUUUUCAAUCAAACACUGAGUGGUGAUUCUUUUAGAAAAAAAUCUUUUCUCCUCUUUAUGAUUAGGAUUAUGGUAUUAGCAUUUCAGUGACUAUAUUUAAGGCAUAUGAUGGGGAAGAGAUACCUGAAUCUAUUUGGUAACAGGCUGCAUUUUGGGAGAAACUAUGCCUGUCCCUCUGAUGAGUGCCUAAAAUAUUAACUGUGGAUGAAAGAUGUCCUGUUGGGGGAAUCUAAGCUUGAUGGACAUCAAGCGCAGACUUUCUAAAUAUACAGUAACUUGUUAUUUUUAUCAUAUUUCUCAGGUGUGUGAAAACUUCUCACCAGUUCAUCAUGCUUACGUGAGCCAGGGCCCUGUCGGAGGCUCUGAGCACGGGAGGGAGUCUUCCUUGGCUCUUCAUCCCAUGGGGCUGACAUGCAACCAUCCCUGGGGGAAAGGGAAGGGCUGAAGCUUGUCCAACAGGAUCCCCUCUCAUAGCUCCUUUUCCCCAAAUGAGCUGGGAACCUUUCAUUGCCAGCUCUUUGCCUCGGUGCUGCCAUUCCAGCUGGCCAAAGAGAAUUCGCAGGCCAGAUUGGGGUUCUCAAUGAAUUUUGUGGUUAUUCUCCUACAGACAAAACAAAAAGGCCUCUAUUCUAAAGGACUAAUUGAAUGGUUUCUUUCUCUACAUGUUAAACCAGAUUGUGGACUAUUUUAUAAUCACAGUGUGUAAUCAGAGCAUAUAUAGUAUUUUCAGAUAUAUCCCUUGUUUUAUACUUUAUAUAGUUGUGCCAUAUAAGGGUGGUAUGCCCACUGCCUGUGGUAGCAUUUAGUCUCCAUUGCUUUGGGAGUGAUUUUGAGCCUUUUGAAAUGGAGCUUUUGCACUUUAUGCUAUUUUUGUGAACUAGGACCGUUACAUUCUAUAUUAAAGCCCUAAGUGGCAUUUUCUGUGAA